GUCGCCAAAUGAAGGGCAUUGGUAUCAGUUUGCGGAGAUCCUUCAGUUAGUGCAUGAUCUUGGUGGUUUUCCUUGUAAUCGAUUCUCUGUGAGGAGCGCUCUCCAUUUUAAACGCGCGAGCCGAGUAAUCACAGCGUUCACGUCCAACAGACUGCCGGCCAACAAGAGCGCAGGCCCGGCGCGCCACUCGGUGUAAUUUACGGUAACGAAGAUGGAAAAUCGUAGUCAUUUCUUGCGUGCUCUUUGCUUCUCUGCAUUAUUUGUUGCCGUAUCCUGUAGCUGCACAGACCAAUGUAAAACGUCUGAUGAAUCGAGGGCAUGCUGUAGGCAAGAGGCCAACAGACAUUGCGGAUCAAACGAGUCAUGCAGAAAGCAUUACAACGAUUGCUUGAUCAGAGAGACACUCCAUCUGUGCAAAAGAAAGCGAACGUUUCCUCAGGCACAUCAAGAGGAGUCUGUUCUCCAGAAGUUGCUUGCAAGACAUGACAGACAGGAAGAGAAUGACGUCAUCAAUGAACUGAGUGCCAUCCUUAGCUCUCUCGACGAUGUUUACCGGAAGCUGACCCCAGUGUGGCAGAAACGUAUCUUCAAGGAAGAGAAUGACGUCAUCAAUGCGCUGAGUGUCAUCCCUAGCCCUCUCGACGAUGUUUACCGGAAGUUGACCCCAGUGUGGCAGAAACGUAUCUUCAAGGAAGAGAAUGACGUCAUCAAUGCGCUGAGUGUCAUCCCUAGCCCUCUCGACGAUGUUUACCGGAAGUUGACCCCAGUGUGGCAGAAACGUAUCUUCAAGUUAAUGGAAAUAGCGGCAGCCGACAUGGGAAUGUAACCAAUCAGAUGAUGUUGACUAGCUUACGUCACGUCACAUGAGGCUGCGUAAACCUAAGUGCCAUUGCUUUUCAUUCCAUUGAAUGAGUUAAAGAGUUCAUGAUAUGAAUUUUUAACUGGAGCAUAUUUGUAGCAAAAAUCAAUUUCUCUGCAAUGUAUAACAACAAUUAGAUUACUCUCUUUGGUACAAAAGUUUUGCAAAUUGCAUAUUUUUAAACGUUUAAUUAAUGUGUUAUGCUUUUCCCGACAACCGAGGGCGCUGUUGCUGUUAUGUCCCUUUAGGAACACACUCUUCAGUUUAAGGUUUUUUCUCUUCAAAUUAUAAACCCCAAAUUCUGCUUAGUGAAAACAUUUGUAAAUAAAGUUGUCUCAUUGUCUUACUGUCAUAUACUGAAACAACAAAUAAAUCACUGAAAGCAGAAAGAAACCACAGCAUACCCCUAAAAUUCUGGUGACUUUUUAUGAACCUGAAGUUUCCGCCUUGACUGAAUCACAAUUUUACUCAUAAAUAUGGAAAUUUGCAUAAGCAUAAAAAUAAAAAAGGCACAAACUCGCCCUUACCAACGUCAAAAUGAACAUAAUGGUACAUUUCAAGGCCUGCAUUAACAAGAUCCAUUACAUGGGCCUUUUAAGGUUUGAAGUUUAAAUGUAGCUGCUUUAAUCUUAAUACUGUAAUUUGUUAAUAAAAAUGUAGAAAUUGAUUCGCUCAAAUGUAAGUUGCAAAAUAUAUUUCAAAGUUUUUUCCGUGUUAUAAUGUUUCUUACAUUCAUUCUCAACAUUCACCAAGUGUUAAAAUGUCGUGUAAAUCCAAACACAUUUUAGAUCAAUAAGUUUUAAUUUCCAUUGCACAAGCUAAUUUGUUUUUCAGCUUUUUAUCACUGCAGAAGGCUCGAAUAAAUAUCCUUUUUAUUCAAUUGCUCUUUUCCUAGAAAUAUAAAAAUUAGUCACCUUUGAAUGAGGCAUCGAGCGAAAACUCUGCCGACGUUUAGCUUUUAAGUUAUUUCUUCACAAAAUUCGAAUUAUUUAAUAAUGAAUGUCCUUUGUCUUUGCAUUUGUUUUUGAUUCUUCAAAAUCAAUAAAUAUUCGUCAUUGAUGAUGUGA